AUGAGCCAACUCGCCGUGCUGGGUCACUGGCGCCUUCCUCAGGAUAUGGACGACCUACCCAAGUUGACCACCAGAACCUUCGUUGGCAUUGUCGUCGCCAUCUCAGGAAACGUUCUAAUCUCGUUGGCUCUCAAUCUCCAAAAGCUUGCCCAUAAACGAGCCGAAACGAACAAACUAUCAGCCCACAAUAGACUAAACAACGGUCGCAUCCACAGAAUUUCAGAAGGGCCAAGUCUUGACGAGAACGAUGAAGACAGAGAAUAUCAUAUAAGCGAAGAUGUUUUUCUGGUUUCGGGUCCGCCUGCCAAUUCUGAACUUCAACCUCUGUCCACCCCCCGAGCUGAACGUGGUUACGGUUCAGCAUCUCCUAAUCCUCACGAAACAAGGCGCCCACCGAUAUUCAGACUACCUUUUCGAUCAAAGCAGUCAAGAAAAGCACCUUUGAUACCCCCUGCGACGGGUGAGGCUGCCUCACCUCAGGAAUUCGUGAAAGAGGAGCGGAAUGAAGGCGAAUACCUGAAAUCCAAACUUUGGUGGUGCGGCUUUCUCUUGAUGAACGUUGGCGAAACGGGCAAUUUUAUCUCAUACGCAUUCGCGCCUGCCUCCGUCGUAGCACCGUUAGGCACUUUUGCUCUCAUGGCCAACUGCUUUUUCGCUCCAAUCAUACAAGGGGAACGGUUUCGCAUGCGCGAUCUUCUGGGUGUCGCCAUCGCCAUCGUCGGUGCUGUGACCGUUGUUCUUGCUUCCAAUGCAUCGGACGCUCGACUAGACCCCGAAGCUCUCGUACAUGCCCUUUCUCAAAUCCCCUUUAUUGUGUUUACCUCCGUUUAUGUCGCAAGUGCGAUCGUUUUAGCCACACUCUCCGAAGGAAUAAUUGGAAGAACAUGGGUCGUCGUUGAUAUUGGGCUCUGCGCACUCUUUGGUGGUUUCACCGUAUUAUCCACAAAAGCAUUGUCAACCUUGUUAACGUUGGAGUGGCUGGAGGUGUUUGCGCAGUGGAUUACAUAUCCACUCUUCGCGGUACUUUUGUUGACUGGCGUCGGACAAAUCAAGUAUCUCAAUCGAGCUCUGAUGCGCUUUGACAGCAAGGUCGUCAUUCCGAUUCAAUUUGUCCUGUUCACUCUUUCAGCAAUUAUUGGCUCCGCCAUCCUGUACGGCGACUUUCAGAAAGCGACGUUUCACCAGCUUGUUACCUUUAUAUAUGGAUGCGCAGCCACUUUUUGUGGAGUUUUUGUAAUCGCCUGGGCUCCCAACCCCACGACAAACCAAGAAUUAUCACAGGAUGACAGGUCCGAAGGAGUUGUUCCAGAUGUCGUCGUGUCUACGAGGCUUGAAGGCUCAAGAUCAGCGAUGGGGACUCUAGGAAGGAAGCCAAUCCACGUCCUACCUAGUCGCCUCAAUGACCUCAGAGAUACCCCGACUCUGAGGCGCAAGCGUAGUUCCAUAAGCCUGAUGGGCAUAUCCCCCGCUCAACAUCUCUUGCUCGUUCACACUCCACCUAGAGACAUUCCUGUCUCACAUUUGGGAAGUGAAAAUGGAGAUCUAGAGUUUGGUAUACAAACCCCAGAUCCGUAUGAACGGCAAAGGGCAAUGACUUGGUACGAAAGUGAGAGGUCUGACGAGAGGAGCAGGAGCAUGAGCAGAACGAGAGAUGGAGGUUUUGCUGGGAAAUUUAUUGCAAGGGUGGGUAGUUUGGAUGGACAAACUUCACAUCGAUAA